UACCGACUAUUUCUUUUUUGACGCUUUCUUUUGUUAUUGCUUAAUUUGUCUACAUGAGCCUCACACUAGGAGGAGAAUUAGUUAUAGCGUGGAGAGGGCGAGGAUAACUUGUCCUGGGUUGUUACGAUUAUCACACGCAUGUACUGUUAAAUAAAGAUGGGGGUGAACGAGCAAGAUGAUAGCUCUGCCUCUAGUUAAUGACACUAUUACUUGGAUUCUGAAUAGAAUCACCUCGUGCCGAACGUGAAGAUGAGCAUAUGAGAACAGUAUCAGCCACAGAGUCACCAGCCACACUAGCGAGCCGCAGUCACGCAAUCAAGCCAUGGUGGUCAAAAGCCACAGCAACAUGGGGAAAAGCCACAACCUUGUGACAUGCUGUGGCUGCUUGCCUUUUUCGACCGUGUCUCGAUUCGGCAUCCUCCGACCGAGACUGACGUUUAACUGCGAUGAUGCGGAGGAAACGUUCCACGACAGCAGGUUUGAGCUGAGUCUUUUUGCUCAGAAAAACAGGUAUCGUGAGGGCUUUUUUUCUCUUUUUUCCAAUAUGGAAAAGUACCAUGCAAGUCCGUAACAUCUACAGUUUGCGGCACAGUAUUAGACGGCCCUACUGGCGCCGGCGUGGAGAACCCCUGUCUCGGCGCGGUAUUC